AUGUCCAUGUUCGCCAUGCCACAACACGCCUAUGUCUACGGUGGACCGCCGGCUCCCACCAGACAUUACUCUGCACACGGAACCAGCAGUGCCUUCAGCAGCUCCGCGCACCCAGAUGAAGAUUGGACCAAGAUCUCAGACCUUGCUGAACGUCGACGGAUACAAAACCGAAUUGCCCAGCGCAACUAUCGCAAGAAGCUCAAGCGCCGCCUGGAAGACCUCGAGCGUCGAGCUGGUUCAUCAGACGAUGGCGAGACCGAAAAGAAGCCCCAAGCAGCAAGCCCAAGCAAGCCUAAGCGACAAUCAAUAUCCAAGACGCAAAAGUCAUCUCCUCCCGCUCCGGUAGCUAAACCCGUUCAUGUCUCUCAGGGCCAGUUCACUCCCCCCAUGGAGAGCACCGAGGAAAUGGCCUUUGGAGCGGGUUUUGAGAAGCGAGAACGCUCACACACGCCGCCAAUGUUCGCCUACCCUUCAUACCCGGCCCCUGACGAGUUGUUGCUGGAUCCUUAUGCUUCAGCCCAACCUUACCCUUCCAUCUCGGCCGCCGACCCGUACCCAAACUACUUGACAGCUACCACCAUGCCCGCAACUCUGCCAGCCAUGACCAAUUUCAGCGACCCAAUGAAGCAAUGUGACGAUUCCCUAAACCCAUAUCUCAACUACAGCUUCGUCCAAGGCGUCGACAUCAACAUGCCUAGUCAUUAUGAUGCGUCAAACGCUCAUACACCACCAUUGUCUCACUCGUAUGAGACUUCCACCUCAUGCUCAGAGGCUGGUUACGAGUACCCGACUACGCCGCUGUCAAUGCCAGGCUCACCGGGUAUGAUCCAGAGCCAGCAGUAA